GCAAUAUCAUACCCUUCUUUUGCAUUUUGCUCUCAUUGACGUAGUACUCUGUCUUCGUUUAUUACAUAUUAUUACAUCUUGAAAAUGGCUCGUACUAAACAAACUGCUCGUAAAUCGACUGGUGGAAAAGCUCCACGAAAACAAUUGGCUACUAAAGCUGCUCGUAAAAGUGCACCUGCUACUGGAGGAGUUAAAAAACCUCAUCGUUAUCGUCCUGGCACCGUCGCACUUCGUGAAAUUCGUAGAUAUCAGAAAAGUACCGAAUUAUUGAUCCGAAAGUUACCAUUCCAACGGCUCGUUCGUGAAAUAGCUCAAGAUUUUAAAACCGAUCUUCGUUUUCAAAGUUCUGCCGUAAUGGCUUUGCAAGAAGCGAGCGAAGCGUAUCUCGUUGGUUUGUUCGAAGAUACUAAUCUUUGUGCUAUUCAUGCUAAACGUGUUACAAUAAUGCCAAAAGAUAUUCAAUUGGCAAGACGAAUUCGAGGAGAGAGAGCUUAAUUACCAAACUAAAAAAAACGGCCCUUAUCAGGGCCCAAAUUAAUUAAAUCACAUAGGACGAACCUUGCGUUAGUUUAAAAUGUUUAUAAAAAGAGAAAGAAAAAAAAUAAAUUACCCCUCUGAUCUUAAAAUAACUAUUACAUAUAGUAAUAUUUAAGUAAUAUUGCAGAUUUAAUAUAACAAUAUGUAUAUUUAUUUUCUUCUUUUUUUUUUUGCGACAUUAAAUUUUUUU